AUGAGUCCAUCUGUAAGAACGGAUAAUGGAACAAUAAUAAAAUGGAUGGUAGUCUUAGUGCUGAGCCUUGCCUUGCUUUGGGAAUGUUUCGUUUCCUUUCAUUUUGGUAGCACACCUCAUGAUCCGUUGCUACGGCUCCAACAUGUGGCUCCCAUCGAGAACAAGACGAGGUUCAGAAUACGACACAUCUACCAUCAUAAUAGUGGCAAAAACCACAGGGUUCACAAACGAUUAGACAUAACAGACCAGUUUAUUGCAAGAUUUGACUUGGAUCAGCCAAAUAUAUCAGGAUUGGUCAACACUGAUGGAAAUGAGGAUGGCGAAUUUGAUGAUCCAGAAACGCUGAUGCCCUACUUCUCCAGGGAAUCACCCUGGGUGUCAGAAUUUGAUAUGAGUGGCUAUAUCGGAAGUAUACGCCGAAUGGCAGAACGAGACCCAGACUUUGUAGAGUCAUAUUUAGCUUAUGCGAGGGAAAGUGGUGCUGAACAAGUCUCAAAGAUAACCCUUGAUUGGAACGAUGAUAGGGAUAUCCUGCCAAAUGUCACCAACAAUGAGACCAUCAUGAAUCUUGCCUUGAUGUCCUCAAAUGCAUACGUUAGAAUCCCUGGAGAGGGCGAUUGGAAAGACGUCAACAAACCUUGGUCAGUAAACAAGACUGACGAAGAGGGUAGCACUGGCUUUGGUUGGAUGGAAGAUGGUGUAAGAGGUCACGUAUUUACUAACGAGGACUCCUCAAUUGUGAUUCUUUCUAUAAAGGGAACCUCUGCCCAGGGACUGCCCGGCGGUGGUGGCGAAUCAGAUACCAUAGAGGAAGAUAAGAUCAAUGAUAAUUUAUUAUUUUCAUGCUGUUGUGCCCGAGUUUCUUACAUGUGGACUACGGUAUGUGACUGUUAUAAGAGUUCAUAUACUUGUGAUGAAGAUUGUCUGGAGAAAGAAUUAUACAGAGAGGACAGAUAUUAUCGAGCAGUUCUGGAUGUAUACCGAAAUGUAACAAACUUGUAUCCAGAUUCUACCGUGUGGGUCACAGGACAUUCAUUAGGAGCAGCUCUUGCUGGAUUAUUAGGAAGAACAUACGGACUUCCUGCUGUUACUUUUGAAGCACCAGGCGAUCUUCUAGCCACGAAAAGAUUGCAUCUUCCUCAACCGCCCUCGCUUCCGUCAUAUUUGGAACACAUAUGGCAUUUCGGACACACAGCAGAUCCCAUCUUUAUGGGGACAUGCAACGGGGCUAGUUCGUCGUGUUCAGUUGCCGGGUAUGCCAUGGAAACACAAUGCCAUUCUGGCAAAGUUUGUAUUUAUGAUGUUGUCAAUGAUUACGGCUGGCACGUUAACUUGGUAAACCAUCGAAUACAUACUGUGAUAGACAGCGUAUUGACAGCAUAUAACAAGACAGCCUCUUGUGAAAUCCCUCUGCCAUGCCAUGAUUGUUAUAAUUGGAAUUUCAUCACUAGGGACAGACACAAAGGUAGAGAUGGAGAUGAUAAAAACAAACCAAAAGAGCCCAAAAAGCCUCAAAAGUGUCUAAGAAGAUCAUGGUAUGGAAGAUGUUUGGAAUGGGGUGAUGAUGAUAGCGAUGAUGUAUCCACAUAA